GAGAGAGAAAGAGAGAAAGAGAGAGAGCGGAAGAGAGACAGUAAAGGAGGAUAAAAGAACACAGGGGGUUCUCCCAGCAUCGGUAUGCCUGCCUACCUCAUUUCCACUCCAGACAUAGCCGCUCCUGCUCCUCUGGAUAGAAACAACAGCUGAGGUGUGUGUGUGUGGGGGUGUGUGUGUUUUAAGUACCAGUGACCCUGCGCUCUGCCUACAUCCUCUCAGCUCACAGCAGUCUGCUGCGAUCUUACUGGGAAGGACCAGACAGAAAGUGAAGCUGACAAGAGAGGUUGUUAAAGGAGAGGCAAGAAACAAGAGGAGAACGAAGAGUAAACGGCUUGAGGACAGAAAUAAUCAAAGGAAAGACUCCUAACGUGUCCUCUGAAUUCAGCACGUUUCACUAUUUUGUCUUUUCACUGGAACCUGCGUCUGACUCUGUGGACUAGAGACAGAUAAGAACGAGCCUGAAUCUGCGCCUUCUGCAGCUGCAGCAGAUGUUGAAGGCAUCCCUGACUUUAUAGGGAGCAAAGGUAUUUCAAGCGUAGAUUUGACUUGAAGUCUUUGAAACACGGUCACGUUUCUUGCUCUUUUUUUUGUUCCUUCAGCUGGGAAGUUUGUUUUACUGGAAAAAGACAGACGAUAAGGAAUACACUCAUUCAAGUUUUUUAUCUGUAGUCAUCGUGGGGGGUUUAUAUCUUUGUGUAAACCCACAACAGCCUGCAUUGAGGACAAACUGAGGGGACUUUCUUUGUGCUGUCCAUCCCUCCUGCAUUCGAGAUGGAAGAUGACAGCAGCCUCAUCCUGGAACCACAGCAUGGAGCGCUGUGUUUGAACUGAAACUGUACAGCUCCUCUCAGAACCAGCCAGCUACCCGUCAAAACACUGGUUUCUUUGGCUCAUCGUACCCUUGAAGGGCCCCUUCGACAGGUUUUCCUGCCCAAGAUGAUGAAUUCCGCCCUGGAUUUUCUGAACGAGAGCUCGGAUGACCCUUCAAACUUAUCUGCUCCCUUCUGCCUGCUUGAGAUAGGCUACUCCCAGCCCUUCUCAACCUGCCUCCUCGAAGUCUCCGUCAUUCUCCUCCUCACUGUUCUGAUUAUUUCCGGCAACCUGGUGGUAAUUUUUGUGUUCCACUGUGCCCCUUUGCUAAGCCAGCACACCACCAGUGCUUUCAUUCAGACUAUGGCGUAUGCUGAUCUGCUGGUGGGGGUCAGCUGCCUAAUCCCAUCCAUGUCCCUGCUUAAUCAUCUUGAGGACCUGGACCCUAAACUCACCUGCCAGGUGUUUGGGUACAUGGUGUCUGUUUUAAAGUCAGUUUCAAUGGUGUCGUUAGCAUGUGUCAGUGUGGAUCGCUACGUCGCCAUCACCCGACCUCUGACUUAUGCGUCUCUGGUAACACCCUGUCGGGUGCGCUUCUGCAUUGUUCUAAUCUGGCUCUACUCUGCUCUGGUGUUUCUCCCAUCAUUCCUUGGUUGGGGAAAACCAGGUUAUCAUGGCGAUGUGGUGGAAUGGUGCGCAGUGGAGUGGAGGACUCGUCCAGCUUUCACAACCUUUAUCGUUGCACUGCUCUACGCCCCCGCUGCUCUCACCGUCUGCUUCACUUACGCCAACAUCUUCAAGAUCUGUCGGCAGCACACCCGGGAAAUCAGCGAGCGCCACGCACGCUACCGACCCCAACAGCUGCAGGGCCAAGGGCUGACAGCGGGAACUGUGGUCAAGGACAACAAUCCAAAAGAAAAAGGACAAUUACCCCACCUGUCCCAUCCACAAAAAUCCCAACAGCAGUACCAGCAGCCCCCAUCAGCAUACCCAGACAAGCGUUACGCCAUGGUACUGUUCCGUAUCACAAGUGUGUUCUACAUCCUCUGGCUGCCCUACAUCCUCUACUUUCUUUUAGAGAGUGCAGAGAUCUACCAAAACCCUACAGCCUCAUUUCUCACCACAUGGCUGGCCAUCAGCAACAGCUUCUGUAACUGUCUCAUCUACAGCCUUUCCAACUCUGCCUUCAGGAAGGGCCUCAAACGCCUCUGCUCCUUCUGUUUACAGCGCGGCGGCACCAGCUUCGGGGUUAGGCACACCAAAAAAGCUUUCAUUGGCUCUGUUGAAAAAGGAUGCUUGGGGCCGGGGUAUGGAUACGGUCACGGUCAAAUAGGGAUUGGCACGACAUGUCAUGUGUGAGGCACAUAAAGACCAAACCCCGGUUUGAACUUUAAAAUAUGCCUGAUUUGAUUGCUGUAAAACGCCUCCUCUUUUAGGCUUAAACGCUCUUUAAAGAGACAGGCGGAGGCGUUGAUCUGCCACUGCUGUUUCUGUCGCUUUUAGAGGUUACACAGGCGUCCUCUCUGCACACGGCACAGCUGGCAGAGACAGGGAAAGCAAUGAAGAAGGAAACGGUUCAAAAUAGAACUACAAGGUGUUUUAAAAUGGCAAAGGAAACACAGUAGUCUGUGCUGUGUAUGGACAGGUCUGCUACUGGACAGGACAUGAGAGGCAAGUGUGUCCCAUCAUCUCUGCAGAGGUGGAAGCUUUUGACUUUGAACAUUUUUAUCCUUUAGAUUUCUUCUAUUGGAAGUGAGUCCUUAACUUAUUUUGCCAAAACAACAACAUGUGACAGAAGUGUUUGAAAAAAAGCUGUAUGUGAACAGUGUUUGACUGGAUUAUCGGCUCAUUCUGACUGAAUGCAAAAAAAGAAGAGAUGAAUUCAAACAGAACACUCGCCUGCUGGUUGUGAAGCACUGAGGUGAUCUGCUCUGUCCAUGUUUUCACAUGCUCUUACCCUUCAGUAUCACUUUAACUGAUGCAACAUUGUGUAUCAUGUAUGUUUUUCCUUGUGUUGAUUGAAAUCAGUGAGUCAAAAAGGAGUAGUAAGAAAUGAUGUAUGUCUUUGCUCAACAUCAAGACGUCUACCCGUAAACUUUAGCUAUUUAUUGAUGUUGUACUAAACAAAAUAUUAUACCUUCAUCUGAGUUAUUGGUUCACAUAUUGAGCCUGCUUUUUGUAAUGUAUGAUGAACUGCUACCCAGCUUUGCUGUACGACUGUUACUCCGAAGAGCUCUUAUCAUGUUCAUUCUCAAACAAUCUUUGUUGCACUUUUGUCAUUUCAUAACACAGUCUUUCAUAACUGUGUUCAAGGUGAAACAAGACCAAGAAAGGAUGUAUUUUCACACUUAUUGUUCACUGAUUUUGGUACAUUUUUGGGGCCAAUUUUUUAUAAAGACAUUUGAUUGAUGGUAAAAAAAGAACCUUUGGCAUCAGCUGAGAGGGAAAUUGUAACGAGAAGUGCUAAAUGGGCAAAAUUGGGUUUUGUAUCAAACAAUGACCCUGUUACAAAUCUGGAAGUUGUCUGUAUUGUGACUACAUUUGGAGACUUGUACAUGCUCAAACACACACAUAGCAACACAGGAGGAUAUAUGUAAACUAACCAGACAAAAAGCCCAUUCACUCUGGCAGCAGGCUAACCUCUGUGCUGCUCCGUGAAGAGGGGUCUGACCUCUCACCUCCAUGUGUAUGUGUGGGUCUGUGUGCAUGCAUGUGUCUGUGAAAAGUCUGUUUCCGUCAUCUUGUUGCCAUGUGUAGUUCUGCGGGUUGUUUUCACUCCAAACAUGAUACUUCAUACAAACUGAUGGAGACCAAUAACAAGCUGAAUUGAAUCCAAAUGUACAUACUGAUUCCUAAGCUUGUAGUGUGUGAAAAAACAACCCUGUCUAGAACCAUGAAGGCUUGUCCCACAGCUUCUUUAGGUGCAGAUAAUCUAGCUUUAUACACUUAAUCUAAUCUACCAAAGAAAGUUCCACAGAUAAUCUUGGUUAAGAAUUUUUCUAGACAUGUUAAAUUGAAAGAUUUAGAAAAAGUUAAGUGCGUUUCACACAAAAUUUGUGUAAGUUCACUGCACUGUGUUGGCUCAGUGAUGCCUUAUGUGCAUGAUUCCGACUGUUCUCAGUAUAUGUUGCCUUGUUAAAUCAUUGAAAAAGGACUGUUGGGAAAUUAUUUUCCUCUAACAUUUAGAGAGGGCUCAAAUCACAGGCGUGUGACUGUUUUUAGGGGGAACGACACAGACUGGAAAAUGUACAGUAUCUAUGUGUAGAGAUGAACAUGUAUAUUUGCCAGCCUUGAUUCCACAACAUUCUAUUAUCAAAUGUGACUGUUCAGUCAGCUGCUCCUUAGAUAUUUUUCAAUCAUCGUUCCUUACUUCUAAAAAAAAAACAAAAAAACAAGCGCAAAGAAAUGACUCAAAACUGUUACUUUUCUUUCUGCAUGCAUUGUUGAUGAGUGCUGAAGUGUGUAUGAGUGUGUUCUCAUAUGUGAGGAUUUGACCACUGGCUGAAUUGGACUGUUUACAGUGUUCUAGUAGGGUGCUAACAUAGUUAUCCCCUGUCAUGGCUUUAUUAGCGGCACAUCACUUCCCUUCAGAAAUACUGUAUUUUGUGAGUGUAUGUGAGUAUGACGUGCACUGGUGGUAGUUAGAUGAAACUGCUGUCUUUAGAUAUUUUGGCUGUUAUCUGUGAAGCAUUGCCAAAUAUUAUCCUGUUUCCUAUUUAUACAUACUUUUGGUCAGAAAUGGCGUGUACAGUUAUGCCGUGUACAGAAAUGGCAUAUUGAAUGUCUGAUUGUCAAACAACAGAUCUUUAUUUUUGUAAAAUUACUUUCUGUUUACUCACUUAUGAAGUGAUAAAUGUUGGAGAUUUUUUUCUGAACGUUUAAAGCACGCUUGCUAUUUGAAAGUAUUGAAGCUGUGUCUUAAUGAAGAUAUACUGUAUUUUACUUGGACAGUUCACCACUAUUAUUUCCCACAGUAGUUAAUGGUACAAUUUCUCAGACAUGUUUUGGAUUGAGGGCAAAGUGUCCUCCACAACGUGAUCACUUUAGCAUCCACACACACACACACACAUUCCAUUUUUCCUAUGGGAAAAUAAUCGGCUCUCAUGGUCUCAGGGGAACGACACUCCGGAGGUGGUUGCGUGGUAGAACAGUGCCAUGUUGGGUAGGAUAAGAGGAAGAAUGAGGGACUCUGGGCCUGCUUAAGAAAGACAUAAAAUGCAGCCUUCUGCACUAAUAAGAUGUUGUUGGGGUACAAUCAUUCCUAAAUCAUUCUACAAGAACAAUUUAUUUGUAACAAUCAGCAUUGAUGAAAAGACAAUCUUCAGAUAGUGGUUUCCAGGUGUGAAAAUGUAAAUGAAAUAUGCAAAAGGUGCAAAACAAGAAGAUUAAAGUGGUUCCUCUCUUUCAUAGCUUUUGGCUGUUAAGUGUUUCCUUCUGUUACACACCUGCACUUUUUUUUCAUUACAUUCCUUUUACAAUAUCCCCGACACAUUACAGAGAGUGGCUGCUGCUUUCUCAUCUCAUCAGGCUUUUCAUGCAAACAGCUUAAAGUGUAUCGCUAUUUUCAGAAUCAGACUUCCCAGAUGUUAAAAGCACAGUUCUUAUGUGUUUUAAAUAUUUAUGAGGCUUGAGCUAUUGGGUAGAUAAAGAUGUAAAAGCUGUGUCUGUAAAAACAUGAAUUUCAUUGUUGUUUUUUAAAACAUUGAAUGAAAUGAACGUUGAGGCACGUGUGUGAACCUUGCUUUCUCAGUUCAAGGAAAAAGUAAUUGAUAGCAUCAAAAACACACCGACUAAAUAAUGGUCUGCUAUUGUAUCGUAGAGAAGAGAUUGUACAGUUCUGCACAGCCACACAUAGUGCACUUUAACACACAUCCACCCACCCACCCACCCAGUGGUAUUUCCUUAUCCGUCUUUUAAUCGGUAUUUGGUUUUCUUCUUUGUUUUCAAAAGUCUGUAAAUAGGCCACACCAAACCCCCACUAAUGGCUGACUCAUGACCCAGCUGGUCUGAGGGGCAGAUUAUUCUCCCAUCAAGAUCAGACUGACUGCUGUAACAGCUCGUUCUGAAACGUCCCAAUAGACACGCUGCACAUGUUUUUGUCCACAAUAAAUGCUGAAAACGAACAAUGGCUUUUUUUAUUUUUUCUUUAAAGAUUGAGAAAAUGAAGCCGUUAAAGUCUUAGAUCACAACAACCACCAGUGUUAUAUGUCAAACAUCAGGGUUGUUGAAAAUGUGCUGAUGAAGUUUUGUAGCAUAUAUGCUUUUGUAAUGGAGAAGUUUGGGAUGAUGGAAAAAGUCAAACAUGUUUAAUUUUGUUAUCAUGAAAGUGGCUACCUGUGACAAAUGAGAUAUUUUCAUUACAUGAUGCUUUGUAGGUGUGAGGCCUAUAUGGUGUUAUAAAAUGUACAUGUUGUGUAUUCGUAUUGGGCAAAUAAAUGUGACGUUAUUUCAA